GAAGACCGCGUCUCAUGCUCGAACAACCCCUUUUGCAAUUUGAGCUCGAUGGAUCCCAGAGGAAAAACAAUUCCACUAUUGACGGAAGAACCUGCUCAUUCAGAACCCCCAGAUUAUGUUCAGGUCGUUAUCUGAUGCAGCUGGUUCCCAUGGGAACGCUGCUCUAGCAGCGGUUAGAGUCAUUUUUUUUCGGUGUGUUUUUCAGAGACUUUUCAUAGAAAACCAGAGAAGCUGUUCGUCUCAAAGUUGAUUACUUUUCGGAAUACUGCUCUUCCAUCCAUGCACGAUGUGACGGGAGAUGUUUCACCAGCUUCCUGGACCCCAAACCCAGAGACAGGUGCAGUUUCAGUCUAACCGUUGGUGCUGGGAGGAUCUGAUUGGGCAGACAGUGAGAUAAAGAUGGGCGUGGGUUGCAGCUGUUGACUGUGGGUGUAAAUUAAGUGGAUGGGGCUGAGAAGAUGUGAGGAAAUCUGCGUACUGAAGGUGUUCCAGCAAACAGAACUCAGAGGGAAACCGCCGCACACAUCAUGUGGAAGACUCAGGCAGGUUUCUAACAGGAGAAGGGAACUUUUCUCCCCUUCACCGCAGAGUUCAGAAUUGCACUACAAUGUCUGCGCUGGCUUCUCUGCAGUAAGCACACUAAGGUUAUGCUGCCCAAAAGCUGUCUGAGUCCCAGCGAGCAAGAGAAAGGCUAAAGCCGCACCAGUCAGAUCAGCUCCGCCUCCCUGGACCUCCACUGCGGAGCCAUGAGCAACCCCAGCAGACCCGCGAGCGCCGCUGCGUCCUCCGUUCAGAGCACAGAGGCCCCGCCCCCCUCGUCUCUACACAGAACUUCACACCCAGAAGAGGAAGACGAUGGUGACCUGAACAAGGCUUUGGGCGUCCACCGCUUCCAGCAGAUCCUGCAUCCUGCCGCCGCCGUGCCCGAUGAGCAGCACCACAACUACCACGAGGAGGACAUCCACUACCACCGCCACUCCUCCCGCCACACCCACCGGCCUCUGUCCAAGCUACCCUCAGAGUCACGGCGGAAGAAGAGCAGCAAGAAGAGGAGGAAGGAGAAAGACCACAAGAGCAGCCAGGUACCGUCCAACGCUGCCAUAGAGGAAGGAGAAGAUGAGGAGGAAGAGGAGGAGGAGUCUAUGGAGGUGCCCUCUGCUCAGUCGGAAUCAGAAAAAGUUAAUGUGGAGUUCUUUCUGUCGGAUGACGACCAAGCGCCCAGACAGGACAAAGAGAGCGUGCAGUCCGGCUCGGUACCGCCGUCUGCAGCAGAUUCUGAAGAUGCCUCGUCCUUCAGUAAACCGGCCUCACCCAUCCUGUCCAGCUCUCCCACUCAACCAACGCCGCUCGACCACGCACCACUAGCCCGGGUUUCCUCAGCCAGCCGCAGCUACGACCUGCAGGAGCGCCGCCGCACCGGCAACAUGACGGGCACCGAGCAGGCCAAGUACCAGCGCAUUCCCACGGACGAGAGCGAGGCCCAGACGCUGGCGUCCGCUCAUCUGGACGGCAUCAAGAGUCAUCGAUUUGAAGAUGUACCCGGAGUGCGCAGACACCUGGUCAGAAAGAGCGCCAAGGGACAAGUGGUGCACAUCGGGAAAGAUCACAAGGAGCCCACCACACGCAGCCGGAAGCAGGACCGAACCCCACACGAGGUGUUUGUGGAGCUGAAUGAGCUCACUAUGGACAAGAACCAGGAGAUGCAGUGGAAGGAGACGGCCCGCUGGAUCAAGUUUGAGGAGGACGUGGAGGAGGAAACGGACCGCUGGGGGAAGCCUCACGUGGCUUCGCUGUCUUUCCGCAGUUUGCUGGAGCUCAGAAAGACCAUCUCGCACGGGGCGGUGCUGCUGGACCUGGACCAGAAGACCCUGCCUGGGAUCGCCCACCAGGUGGUGGAGCAGAUGAUCAUUUCUGACCAGAUCAAAGCUGAGGACCGAGCCAACGUCCUGAGAGCCCUGCUGCUGAAACACAGUCACCCGAGCGAUGAGAAGGAGCACACUAGCCAUUUCCCCAGGAAUAUCUCCUCCGUCAGCCUCACCAGCCUGCUAACGCACCACCACAGCUCCAACCACAUCCACCAGCAGGAGCCGUCGGUGACCGAUCCCCUCAUGGGGAACCUCAACUCCACGGGGGACUCGGACACUCGCAUCGACGUGGACAAGAACGACCUACAAAAGGAGUCGUCGUUUGUGUCUGGCAUGCACAGGUCUAAAUCCAAACAUGAGCUGAAGCUGCUGGAGAAGAUCCCAGAGAACGCCGAGGCCACGGUGGUCCUCGUGGGCUGUGUUGACUUCCUGGAGCAGCCCACCAUGGCGUUUGUGAGGCUGCAGGAAGCGGUGGAGCUGGAAUCCGUCUUGGAGGUGCCGGUUCCAGUGAGGUUCCUGUUUGUUCUGCUGGGGCCUCCAACCACCAGCAUGGACUACCACCAGAUCGGACGCUCCAUCUCCACCCUGAUGUCAGACAAACAAUUUCACGAGGCAGCUUACCUGGCAGACGGCAGACAGGACCUCCUGAACGCCAUCAACAGCUUCUUGGACUGCAGCAUCGUCCUGCCCCCUUCGGAGAUGGGAGACGACGAGCUCCUGCGCUCCGUCGCCCGCUUCCAGAGGGAGAUGCUGCGCAAGAGGGAGGAGCAGGUGAUCAAUCUGAUGGCCAAAGAGUCCAAGAGCCUCGAGGACAAAGAGGCCCUCCUCGCACCUUCAGAGAAAUCAAGCGACCCCCUCAAGCGUACCGGGCGCCCCUUUGGCGGGCUGAUUCGAGACGUGCGGCGGCGUUACCCCAAAUACAUCAGCGACUUCAAGGACGGCCUGAACAGCCAGUGCAUUCCCGCCGUGAUCUUCAUCUACUUCGCCGCUCUGUCUCCCGCCAUCACGUUCGGAGGUCUUCUUGGAGAAAAGACGGAUGGUCUGAUCGGCGUCUCCGAGCUCAUCGUGUCCACGGCCGUGCAGGGCGUCUUCUUCUGCCUCCUCGGAGCUCAACCUCUGCUGGUCGUGGGGUUCUCCGGACCGCUGAUGGUUUUUGAAGAAGCCUUUUAUAAUUUCUGCAAAGGAAACAACAUCGAGUACCUGACGGGCCGCACCUGGAUCGGCUUUUGGCUCAUAAUCAUCGUGGUCAUCAUCGUGGCCUUCGAGGGCAGCUUUCUCGUGCGCUUCGUCUCUCGCUUCACCCAGGAAAUCUUCUCCUUCCUCAUCUCGCUCAUCUUCAUCUACGAGACCUUCUUCAAGCUCGCCAUGAUUUUCCGGGAUCACCCGCUGAAGCGCUGCUCCCUCAGCAACAGCAGCGAUGAAAUCUCCCCCGCCGAAAAUGGGUCUUUGUUGCUAAGCAACGGCACCCAGGACAGAAAAGUAUUGGUCAGCGGGGAGCCCAACACCGCUCUGCUGUCACUGGUUCUCAUGGCCGGGACGUUCUUCAUCGCCUUCUACCUGCGGAAGUUCAAGAACAGCGCCUUCUUCCCUGGAAGGCUCCGCAGAGUUAUCGGAGACUUUGGAGUACCGAUUGCCAUCCUCAUCAUGGUUCUGGUAGAUUACAGCGUAGAGGACACCUACACCCAGAAACUGAGCGUUCCCAAAGGAUUCUCCGUGACGAGUCCCGACAAACGCGGCUGGAUCAUCAACCCUCUGGGCUCCAACGGCCAGUUCCCCAUCUGGAUGAUGUUCGCCUGCUGCCUGCCGGCUCUGCUGGUGUUCAUCCUCAUCUUCAUGGAGACUCAGAUCACAACGCUCAUCGUCAGUAAAAAGGAGCGCAUGCUGGUCAAAGGGUCCGGCUUCCAUCUGGACCUGCUCCUGAUCGUGGCUCUGGGCGGCACCGCGGCGUUGUUCGGCCUGCCGUGGAUGGCCGGCGCCACCGUCCGCUCAGUGACCCACGUGAACGCCCUCACCGUCAUGAGUAAAGCCGUCGCCCCCGGAGACAAGCCCCGCAUCCAGGAGGUGAAGGAGCAGAGGGUGACGGGGCUGCUGGUCGCCGUGAUGGUUGGCAUGUCCAUCGUGAUCGGAGACCUUCUGCGUCAGAUCCCGCUGGCUGUGCUGUUCGGCAUCUUCCUCUACAUGGGUGUGAUGUCCCUCAACGGCAUCCAGCUGACGGAGCGGAUGAUGCUGCUCCUCAUGCCGCCAAAGUACCACCCGGACCACACCUACGUCCGCAAGGUUCGCACUCUGCGCAUGCACCUCUUCACCUGCAUCCAGCUGGUGUGUCUGGCGUCUCUGUGGGCGGUCAAGUCCACUCAAGCCUCGCUGGCGUUCCCCUUCAUCCUCAUCCUCACCAUUCCUGUCAAGAUGUUCCUGCUGCCGCGCAUCUUCAGCGCCAGAGAGAUGGCAUGCCUGGAUUCUGAAGAUGCAGAGCCGAAGCUCGACGAGCGCGAGUGUCUGGAUGAAUACUCAGAGAUGCAGAUGCCCGUGUAGCUCGCCGCAGCCUCAGCCAACCCUCCCAAAAAAGGGUUGGCGACAGUAGUUUGACGGCGAUAUUGAACCACUGGAGGCCUGGUCAGAUAUUUCACUCUUAAAGUAGCUUUUCUUGCUGGUUCACAGCAACGUGUGGCUUUAAAAGAUGAAGUGAGGAGAGCAGCACGGUUUCACUCACGACGAAUGUCUAUUUCAGGGUACAAGCGUUUCCGAAUCACAUGAUGCAAUCUCACAUUCGAAUGCUGGAACGGUGGAUAGAUUUGCAGAACUGACUGAGUUUUAGCCCUGAAAGUUGCUAUGAUUCACAUUGAAUAUGUGGAAGACCUAUAGGAUACAUUCCUUUAAAUUAAUGCUAAGUUAGUGCUUGUUAGGCUUUUUUUUGUUGCUUUUUUAAGCUCACCAAACGCCUUAUGAAGGAAACAAAUCUAUAUGCAGAGUUUUUUUUUGACAUCCUGUCUUUUUGUAGACAGCUGAUCACUUUAAACGCUAAGCUUGUAGCACUUUUAAAAAAAUACCAAAUCAGAUCAAUGACUGUAUGAUAUGUAAUUGUUUUUAGCUGCUUUGUAAACCUCUCUAAAUGUUUUUUGGCAUCUUAAAUGAUUUUUUUUGCCUUGUCUGUGCUUAGUUCAGAUGCAGCAUUUUAAAUAACUGCAGUGACGUGAGAUCACCAGCAGAGGGAUCCAGAAAUCAGUUUUAUUUUUACACCAGGGCCAUUAAAAUCAAUCUUCGUCACAUAACAGUUUUUUUUAUUUUUGUAGGAAAUGACACAUAAAUAUAUAUAUAUUCUAAAUGCACAAAAAAGUUUAGGUGCCGGUUAUGUGACGUCUCCUCGUUGUGGUUGUUUUUGGGAAAUACUGUGGUCUGUCGGUUGUGUUGUCUGUGCCAAAUUUUAUGUACAUGUAUGUAAGAGGUCAGAACAAGAACCCGGGUAUUCCUCCUUUUUCCUGCUGCUUUCAAAGAAGCCUCAGACACACUUUAUGGUAGAACCGGUUUAUAAAAUGAUUGCAAAUUUUGUGGUACAAGCAACAAAUUUGGCAUGAGUGUAGCUGACGGACAUCUCUUUUAGAAAUAGCAUGUUGGCCAUGAUAAAACUGUUGGUACCACUCAAGUUAAUACUGCAUUUUAUCCAUUAACAGCUGAUAUUGUUGAGACUAAGGCAAAUACAAAUCAAACAUUUCUGUAACAAUUGAGUGUAUGGCUGUCAUCUUUAAAAAUGGCCACCAUCUUAAAAAAAUCACUGCAAUCUUUAAAAAUGGCUGCCGUCUUAAAUAUUGGCCGCCUUCUUUUUGAAAAAUGGCUACCAUCUUUUUUAAAAUUGCUACCACCUUUAAUCCUUGUGCUGUCUUAUGGGGGCCAGGUGACCCCACUUUUAAUGUAAACAUGCCUAGGAUAUCACAAGGGUUACAAAUGGCUGCCAUCAUUAGAAAUUGCCACAAUAUUUAAAAAUGGCCGGCAUCUUUAAUUUUAAAAAAAGGGCCACAAUCUUUUAAAAAGGCUGCUGUCUUUAAAAAUGGCCACUAUCUUGAAAAAAUGGCUGCCCUCUUUAAUUUUUUUUUUAAAUGGCCGCAAUCUUUUAAAACUGCUGGUGUUUUUAAAAUUAUCCACCAUCUUUAAAAAUGGCUGCCAGCUUUAAAAUUACCACAAUCUUAAAUAAAUGGCAGCCAUCUUUAAUUAAAAAAAAAUUGCCUCAAUCUUUAAAAAUGGCUGCCAUUUUUAAAUAGGUUGCCAUUUUGAAUUAUUUUCACGGAAGCUAUGUCACUACCCAAUUUUUGGUAGCUACCCUAUCAAUAUGCAACAUGCACGAAUUGAGUCUGCUUCUGCUCGAACCAUUUUAUGACCUACCCAAUCUGUAAUGCGUAUAUAUAAAUGCUUUCUUCUUCUUCUGCUUCGUUUAAUGGCAGUUUGCUCCUUAGUACAGGAGUAAACUACCAUUUACCGACGCAUUAUUAACUUAUUAACAGACAAAUUAUUCAUGCUACGCAUGGGAUAUGCUACGCACAUGUCAAGUACAGGAUAAACAGGCAUUCUGAAAUGCUAUUUUAAGCGUACGGUGUCCAUACACUGACUACCGGAGGCUUUUGUAUGAACUCACAGUGGGAAGUAUGCAAAAUUCGAAGCGUUCCAAAUCUCGCAAGUCUUGCACUCGGCUUCUUCGUACGAACGACUUGGUUUCAUAUAAUUUCUUUUGGACAAAAACUGCAAUAAUUCUACGUCAUCACCAAAUCUGAGUCCCUGAUUGGUCAACAAUGGUCAAAGUUUAAUCUCAAACGGAGAGAAGAAUCGCUCCAAGUCAAUUUGUCUUUAUGAAAUCCCGCAUCAUUGAGAUUUUCAUGGUCUCUAGUUGUCUUUACUUGUCAGACACAAGAUACCGAUACAAAUUGGGUAGCAACAGAUGCUUUUAAGAAAGAUGGGAUCCUGAGUUUCAUCCUUGCCAAGUUUAGUGCUUGUACCACAAAAUGUGCGAUUUUUCUGAAACAUCGAACUGGCUCUGCUUUUGUCGGUACCGCCUUCCGUAUUUUGUUGCCGUAGAUUUCACAGAGGAAAAGCUUCUCAAAGUGUUUUUUUAAGUUCCAUUUCUCCACUUGUUACGUUGCCCCAGUGUGACGUUGAAAUACUUCUCUGUACUGUUACUCGCGUGUUUGUCGGACUCUAAGUUGUGAUCCCGUUCGGUGUCAAAGUUACACAAACUGAAGUGCCUGUUGGACCAUGAUCAGCUGUGCUUAUGUUACAGUCUUUAGCACUUUUGCCACAUCAAUCAAGCCUCUGUAAUAAUCAGAUAAACGUGAGGCAGUUGUGUUUGUGAGAUCUGUGCCCAUGGACCUUUGAAAUGACAUUCAUGCUGAUAUUUAGGUUCAUUUUGAAGCAAUACAACGUACAGCGAGCUGUUGUCGAUGUUUUCCUGUAUAUUUGUUCAAAUGACAGAUAAACAUAUUUUCUAUUUAUUCUGUA